ACCGGCUGACCUCAUCAGUACACAACUGGAUCUUUCCCUUUACGUACUAUACCAUGGACGCUUUGACGGAGGAGGAGGAGGAGGGUACAGUGGCUCAGGCAGCGGACGAGGAGACGCUGGGGGGAGAAGAAAUUGCCUCCGCCGCCGGACAGUACAAUUGGUCCGCCUUUUACGAUGACGAAGGUCGAAUUUAUUACUACAAUAGUACAACCGAAGAAAGCUCUUGGGACGCACCCGCGGAAGGCUUUAAUGCAGCUCCAGAACCGGAAGCUGUGGCCUCUUGGGUCGUCUACAAGGAUGAGGAAGGUCGGGAGUACUACUACAAUGUCGAAACGGAAGAAACACAAUGGGAGAAACCC